ACCGCUGACGUCUUGUGGAUUUUCUUGCCCAACUUUGUGGUUUACUUCUUUGGAAGCCGGAUUUCUUUGCCAGCCUAGCCCAGGGGCGCCUCGUUCGUCAUUGGAUCUCGAUACUGGUCCCUAUCAUUAAGCUCAAUCGUGGGCAUACGACACCGCUCACGUAGGGCUCUGGCCGACCGACUGGCAGCGCGUCGCAUAGGGCAGCUGUGAUGCUCUAUCCCAGCAUCUAAUAGAAUCUAGACGCCCCGUGGCUUGACAGCCCAAAGACGGAUCAGAAUGAGCAAUCCUAUAGAGAAUAUGCUCCAGACGGGGUACUUCACCACUUCAAGGGCCAAGCAUGGCUAUUCCUGACCACGUUGAACCUUGCAGCGCGUCUGUCGAUUCCCCGCUGCGCCCUGUGCGGUUAUCAACGCCGCCAGAACCGCCUGUAUCUCGUCUCGCGCCUCGAUAUUACGAUGACAUUCCAUAUUUCCGCAACUCAAACCCGCCCCCGCCCAGUGUCGAGGAUGAGAUUGAUUCCCUUGCAAAGGAAUUUGGCAGCUGCUUUCAGCCUGUUGUUGACGAAGAACCGCAGGCGAGAGGGGAAGUUGACCAACUGCCAGUCUUGGAAGAAGUUUUUGAGUACAAUCCAGAGCGUCGCUUUGUUAUUGUACCAGGCGCGACUACGUCAAGCGUACCCGAGAGCGAGACUGAGGACAAGGCUUCCAAAGAUAAAGAUAAAUUCCGUCAGAAGAAGAAGGCGCCGAUAUCUUCGUCUUCUUCUCCAGAAACACAUAGUAGAAGAAAGAUUAACGAGUCAGAGAAUGUGAAAUACGAUCGUCUUGACGCCUCUGUUCCAGAACUGGGGAGGCGGGGAAGCAGGCAAGAGUUGCCUCGGCUAGAGACAGACAUGAACGAGAACCGGGUACCAAGCCAUCAUCGAAGCAGAUCUGCCGUUAACGCCCCCCGUCCGGAGUUCACGCAGGCACAUCGCAAAUAUGGGGAAGAGUAUCUUUCGCCGCAAGUAACAAAGCAUGGCUCGAGCGGCCGAGACAAGACCUACCAAGGAUAUGGUCAACCGCCUACGCAUAGUAGCGUGAGCCUGGGCGAACCAAGCGAGGGUAGAAGGAAUGAAGACAGAUAUCAUAGACGAAGCGCGACAGCGUCGAUGGAGGGACGACCGAACUCAACUUUCGAACCCUUGUCAAGGCCUACGUCAAAUGAUCGCGUAAACGGAUCUCGUCCUCUAGAUGGCAGUCGACCCCUUCGAGAUGACCUCCUGAGAGAUAGUUAUGUUUCCUAUAAGCCACCUGCGAGCGAAAGCUUGAGAGCUCCCUCACCGUCCAAGCCAAAGGACCAAAAUUCUCCGCGGAAUGAGACCUUUAGCAACUCUUAUAGGAGGGAAAGCCCGGUUAUCAUUGAUGACGAGGACCGUGUAUCCGUUGCAUCAUCACGCAGAGGUGGCACCAGUGGCCGAAAUUCUCGCUCUCCUUCUAGAGUUCCAACGAUGCCAGUUUCGUCGGUGAAUUCAUUGGGGCUUCCAGAUGACUGGGUGCCUAACCGCCGCAUGUCAACUACUUUCCCAAUCAGCCAAGAGAAGAAGCUUCAAGAAGAUCGAAUGCCCCCAGCAAUUCACCUUCCCUAUCCAGACGAUGACGAUGCCAUUGUUGCUUGGCCAGAGGAGUCAGUAGGAAGCGAAGUUGUGCGGCAAUCACGAGCGGAUAGUGCAUCACCUGUUUCAAUGCCACCAAUUCCGCGGAUUGAUGAUGAACUUGUGGCGCCAGAUGAGAAGGUCAUUAGAUCUCCAACUUAUAAAGAGCCGUCUGUGACGACGAAAGCUUGGCAACCACCUCCAUUUGAUCCAAAUAAAUCCGGAGUGCGUCCGGACCAAACAAUUGGAUCAUACCGGCGCUACUCUGAGAGCAAAGGGCGUGAUGGGCAGUCUGACUUUCCGUACAUCCCAGAAUGCAAGCGUAAAGAACCGGUAGCCGGGAAGAUGGAUUGGCUUACACUCCCCAGGACCGAGUUCAAUAUCUGUCCUGAUUGUUAUGGCGCUGUGUUUGCAGACACCCAGUACCGGACUCACUUCCAUCCAGUCCUACGGCCAACAGGCAACGCAAUUGUGUGCGACUUUGGUUCAUCGCCCUGGUACCAGAUAGCUUGGCUGCUCACGUUGAAACACAAGGUACCCGACUUGCAGCUGUUUCAUCAUCUUGCGAGCGUCAUGUUCGAUUCUCGCAGCUAUCCGUGCCCCGUCGAACGCAAAGUAACACGGGUUUGGUACACUGUAAAGGAUCCAUAUACAAGGCGGCCGGUGCCCGAAUUUGCAGUCUGCUAUCAAUGCGCGAAGAUAGUAGAGACUUUAUUCCCGAAUCUUACAGGGGUAUUCAUUCCACUUGAUCCCCGGAAUGAGCCUUCAAGAAACUCUUGCUCUCUACAAUAUACGCCUCAGCGGAAACAAUUUGUGCUGUUCUUCGAUGCCUUUGAAACCACAUCGGAUAAGAGCUAUGUGACCAACCGGAAGGUAGACGUCGGUGACCUUUCCAUGAUGCUUACGCGAUUGAGCACUCUGAACGAGUGUCGCGAGGACCGCCGCGUGAGCGAUGGUUAUUGGUACGUGAUGGAGUACCUACCGGAUUUUACGGUUUGUGGGGAAUGCUAUGAAGACGUGGUUCGGCCUCAGCGCGCAGAAGACAACGUGAUUGCUCAAAACUUUUAUAUGAAGCCGACCAAGCUGCCCAUUGCAACGUGCCAACUCUAUUCUCCUAGGAUGAGAGACGUUUUCAAGAGGGCUUGCAGGAACAAUGAUCCACAGUAUCUAGAGGGAAAGGCUCGAGAGAGGUUGAAGAUCGAGAAGGACGUACACGCCAAAUUUCUCAGUCUAGUAAGAGAUGGACGCAAUAGCGCAUGGACAGACGAACAGAUUGAUAAACUCAGCAGAGAGUGGAAGAGAUGGGAAUAAAGCGGAGCAGGAAAAAACAACAUCGUUUAUUAGAGGGUCAGUUUAUUGUGUUGGAAAUAAGCAUAGCGAAGCUCAUAUCAUUAAGAUGGCAUACAUGAAUAUGAUGUAUGAUAGCAAUAUGGCAUGAUGACAAUAGAUGCAUGAAAUAAGCCUAGAAACUCAAGCUCUUGCCAAGUACUACAGCACUUGACGCUUCUGACGUGCUUAAUACUACAUGUAAAACAAUAUACUGUACC